GCUGCGGCAACAUGGCGGGGCGGCCUAUGCAAGCAGCGAGGUGUCCCACUGAUGAGCUGUCCUUAACCAACUGUGCUGUGGUGAAUGAGAAGGACUUCCAGUCUGGGCAACAUGUUGUGGUGAAGACCUCUCCCAACCACAAAUACAUCUUCACGCUGAGAACCCACCCCUCAGUUGUCCCUGGCAGCAUCGCCUUCAGCUUGCCCCAGAGAAAAUGGGCUGGCCUUUCCAUCGGACAGGAGAUUGAUGUUUCCUUAUACACUUUUGACAAGACCAAGCAGUGCAUUGGCACCAUGACCAUCGAGAUCGACUUCCUGCAGAAGAAGAACAUUGACUCCAACCCCUACGACACAGACAAGAUGGCUGCAGAGUUCAUCCAGCAGUUCAACAGCCAGGCCUUCUCCGUGGGCCAGCAGCUGGUGUUCAGCUUUAACGACAAGCUUUUUGGGCUGUUGGUGAAGGAUAUGGAAGCCAUGGAUCCCAGCAUUCUCAAAGGGGAGUCUGGAACAAGCAAAAAGCAGAAGAUUGAGGUUGGUUUGGUUCUUGGAAACAGUCAAGUUGCCUUUGAGAAAGCUGAGAACUCCUCUCUCAAUCUGAUCGGUAAAUCAAAGACCAAGGAGAACCGGCAGUCAAUAAUCAACCCCGACUGGAAUUUUGAGAAAAUGGGCAUUGGAGGCCUGGAUAAAGAAUUCUCAGAUAUUUUCCGAAGAGCUUUUGCUUCGCGAGUUUUCCCACCUGAAAUUGUGGAGCAAAUGGGCUGCAAGCACGUGAAGGGCAUCCUCCUGUACGGGCCCCCGGGCUGUGGGAAGACGCUGAUGGCGCGGCAGAUCGGGAAGAUGCUCAAUGCCAGGGAGCCAAAGGUGGUCAACGGGCCUGAAAUCCUCAACAAAUACGUGGGGGAGUCCGAGGCCAACAUCCGGAAGCUGUUUGCUGAUGCAGAGGAGGAGCAGAGGAGGCUUGGAGCCAACAGUGGGGUGCACAUCAUCAUUUUUGAUGAGAUUGAUGCCAUCUGCAAGCAGAGGGGCAGCAUGGCUGGCAGCACUGGUGUGCAUGACACCGUGGUGAACCAGCUGCUCUCCAAAAUCGAUGGUGUGGAGCAGCUCAACAACAUCCUGGUCAUUGGAAUGACCAACAGACCUGACCUGAUUGAUGAGGCCCUGCUGAGGCCUGGGAGGCUGGAGGUGAAGAUGGAGAUUGGCCUGCCAGAUGAGAAGGGCAGAUUCCAGAUCCUCCACAUCCACACGGUGAGGAUGAGGGAGCACCAGCUGCUGGCUGAGGAUGUGGACAUUGCAGAGCUGGCAGUAGAGACCAAAAACUUCAGUGGUGCUGAGCUGGAAGGUUUGGUUCGAGCUGCUCAGUCCACUGCCAUGAACAGACACAUUAAGGCCAGCAACAAAGUGGAGGUGGACAUGGAGAAGGCAGAGAGCCUGCGUGUGACCAGAGGAGACUUCUUUGCGUCCUUGGAGAAUGAUAUCAAACCAGCAUUUGGAACCAACCAGGAAGACUAUGCCAGCUACAUCAUGAAUGGGAUCAUUAAGUGGGGGGACCCAGUAACGAGGGUGUUGGAUGAUGGGGAGCUGCUGGUCCAGCAGACCAAGAACAGUGACCGCACUCCCCUGGUCAGCGUCCUGCUGGAAGGCCCCCCACACAGUGGGAAGACUGCUUUAGCAGCAAAAAUAGCAGAAGAAUCCAACUUCCCCUUUAUUAAGAUCUGUUCUCCUGAUAAGAUGAUUGGGUUUUCUGAAACAGCCAAGUGCCAGGCCAUGAAGAAGAUCUUUGAUGAUGCCUACAAGUCCCAGCUCAGCUGUGUUGUUGUGGAUGACAUUGAGCGACUUUUAGACUAUGUCCCAAUUGGACCUCGGUUCUCCAAUCUGGUCUUGCAAGCCCUUCUGGUGCUGCUGAAGAAAGCCCCCCCUCAGGGCCGCAAGCUCCUGAUCAUCGGCACCACGAGCCGCAAGGACGUCCUGCAGGAGAUGGAGAUGCUGAAUGCCUUCAGCACCACCAUCCAUGUUCCCAACAUUGCCACGGGGGAGCAGCUCAUGGAGGCUUUAGAGCUCCUGGGUAACUUCAAAGACAAGGAGCGCAGCACGAUUGCACAGAACGUCAAAGGGAAACCUGUCUGGAUUGGGAUCAAGAAGCUGCUGAUGCUGAUAGAAAUGUCCUUACAGAUGGAUCCUGAGUAUCGGGUGAAAAAGUUCUUGGCUCUUUUGAGAGAAGAAGGAACGUGCCACAGGGAGUAGUUGAGCCCAGUGGGACAGUGGCAUCUCCUAGAGAAUGACUUUCUAAUACAUGUAGGGCAGUACCUGUGCUGGGGAAACUCACACCACUAUCUAUCCUGGCUACAUGUGAGUGGGUUCCAGUGUGUGCUUGAUGCUUUAUACAUGUGCAUGAUGCUUUCCUGAUGGAUUUGGCUUCUUUUGCAAGAGUCCCUACCCUAGACUGAAGGUGGACCAAGUGCAAGAUCAACAGCUGGAAAAGUGACCAACCUGGAGAACAAACACUGGGAUCUUUACUCUUCUGUGCUCAACACACUGGACAAAGUGAAAUGCUCCCCUGAUCCCCAGAGCCCCAUGUGGAACCUGCAUGUGUAGUGCAAUAGAGUAUCUUUAUUCUUUGUCUUUGAUAUUCUGAUGUCAUGUGGAAGUGUCUUCUAGAACACUGUGCUUCUGUCUCUGCAGCCAGGCUGCAUUUUGGGGUGAGCAGGGGGGAAUGUCCUGUGAGGUUUGGGGCUGACCCUCACUUGUGUCCAGCAUUCCUGAAGUAGGAAAGAGAUCCUGGCUUCCAAGAAACCUGUCAGUCUGGUGGAGGGAUGUUGAAGCCCUGCUCUGUCUUUUCCUGAUCAGGUGAAGGCUUCCUUGUGGUGUCACCCCACCCCUCACUGAACUCUGAGCCAGACCCACACCCCACAUACAGUGACCACAGCAGUGCAGCUCCAGGGGUGCCUGCAUGCUGCACCAACUCUGUUUAUAUCCAGGUGUUUUGAGACCUGAUGGGACACUGCUGGUGGCUGGGGACACUGGGGACUGGAAGAGGUCAGGGAAGUGUUGAUCAGAGUAGAGGAGAUUUUCAAAUCCAGUAUUUAAGGCAUCAAAUCUUGUUGUUAAUUCAACAACAGUUUUAGAGAUGCUAGUUCCAGCUCCAGCUCUUCCUGAGUUCCUGUAGUUGGCAGCUUUGGUAUCCUCCAGCCUCAUUUUAUCCCCUUUUCCUGCCAUGUUACCAAAGGUUAAAAUUCCUCCUUAGAGACAGAGGAAGCCAAGCUCUGCAGGUGCACGGGAUGUGUAUUGCCAUGUUUUUGCACUGAAAUAAAGGAAUGUAUCAAACCUUGCCCCGUGCUCCUUCCUGUCAUCCCGUGGCCUCAGGGAGAUGCUGAAGCUGCUCCCCCUGGGCUCCACUCCUUCCGGAAGGUUCCUGGAACAUACCUCAGUGUGGUGGGGCAUGAAAUCAAAGCCAUUUUGCAGAUCUUAGUCAGUGUAGCUUCCUAAACUUGGGCAGACCCACUGUAAGGGCUAGCAGUGGUAUCCAGAGGUGUUCCCAGGGAAGGAGGGUGCCCCACGUCCUUCCAGGCCCAGGUGGAGGUACUGGUGUCCUCAGUGUGCUCACAGCAGGUGGAGUUUCAGCCACUCCACUCUGCUCCUCUGGCAGUGCUGUUGUGUUGUGAUGCUGUUGUGAGUCCCAGUGGUGGUUCCCUCUCAUUUUGUGUAUGAUCUUGUGAAUUUAUUUGUUCCUCCCUUCCCUCUGCCAGUCCGAGUGACAGCAGCACACAGUAACUUAUAUUUCAGAGUAAAUGAUGUAAACUUUAUCGUGUCUGUGUCCAGAACUAUAUUGAUGAAUAAAUAUCUGGUUUAAUUGCACAUUCAAUGGAUUCAAUAAAAAAGCACAACUCCUUGUGAUGA